AUGGGAGCGGAAAACGGAAAGAAGCUGGCCCCAGUAUCUGGGGCAGAUGAGGACGAUUCUUCCUCUUCAUCGGACGAAGGCCCUUGCUUGAGAUACAUUGAUUUCGCCCCGUUACCCCAAGCAAAUUGGCCCACCAUGUUUCCCUAUGAAGUAGACAUCAACUCAGAGGAGAAGGGAUCUGCGAGACCUGCGAGGCUUCCACUCAAUGUAUCCGUGGGAUCCUCCGCACUGUGGAGGACUCAGAAACGCGAUAGCAUGCUCGGUGAUUGCGCUGAUUCCUGCAGCGAUGAGUCUGGCGACAGCAACAACGAUUCAUGCUCGGAUGAUUUCAACGAAAGCAUGAGCACGUUUUCUCAAGAGAGCGAGGUAAAGCACAUUAGGACGAAGAGAGCUCACACCCAUCGAGCAGAGGUUUCCAGAACCAACCAUCAUGCAAAAAGGAGUCAGCAAAGGAGUCAGCAAGAGAAACUAAAAAGGAGCACAAAACCAAGUAAGAAAGGGCCCCUCCAUAAUAGUGACAGCCGCCCCAGGAAGACUCGCCAUGAUGUCAAUCACAGGCUAGGCUCCAGCGCUAGCUCCUUACCAGUAACCAGGCAGCAGUCGCAGAUUCAAAAUCAUAUGGCAAGGCGAGGAAGCACCCCGUGCAUAAGCGGAAGAUCAUCGCCACCGCCAGGCAGUUUGGAUAUUACCAGGCAAAGCCAACAACGGGUUCCCGGUCAGAGAGUACAGCGCGGUGGGAGAGCCGCUGACCAAAAAGUUGGGGCACGCAAGAAAGAACCUGGGGCCAGAAACAAAGAAGCCCGGGCCAGAAACAAAGAAAGCAGAGGCAGGAGAGAACUACAAAAUGGCCGAUAUCUCCAACGACGCCCAAGCAGAAGGGCUAGUUUAAGUGCUCUAGAAUCCAAGAACGACGCCAAAGAGAGUACGGAAGCCAUUGUGGUCUCCGAACCACCAAGCAACCAAGCGUCUACCGUAGGCCCAAAAAGCCCAAAGGGCAUGUCGGCUCAAAGAGACAGACACACAGGAAAAGGCAAAGCACCCCAAUCCAAUCCUGCUAAGAAGCAACACGGCUGGACUCCCAGCUUGAGCUUUUUGGAAGCCCAACGACGAUACCCAAAACAAGCUUCGCACGAGUCGGUGAUAACGGCUCCCACAGUCGACUCCACACUGCCCAGCAUCACAACCGAGCAUUGCAGCAGACAAAUAAUUGAAGUGGCAACGAGCACCCAGGUGUCCCAGGAUGAACCCCACUCUUUGACCAAAGCAGCACAGCAAGCAGCAUCUGCGUCGGUGGCAGCCCUGUUGGCAGCACAGCCGCACCUCGACAGCUUAUCGUCCGCCUCCACCAUCAGCACGACGACGACGAGUACACACGGCCAAGGGGACAACUCCACGGCGGCGUUGGCAGCUGCGUUAUCCGCGGCAGCAACAGCCGCUGCUUCUGCGGCUGCGGCUCUGUCCUCCUUACCUCUCCAAGGACAAGGGAUAUCUCUAUCCUCCUUCUCUCUCCAAGGUCAAGGUGAAGGGUCAACCAGUUCGUCCAUCGUGCAGGAGCUGGAGCGGAACGCCCUCAUUGAGAAACUGACGUGGGAAAACGCAGCCUUGACGAAAGAAAACCAAAGGCUCAAGCGACUCUUAUCAAAGGCAACGCCAAGUAGUGCAACACCCCAAACCACGUCUCGUGUUGAUACGUGGGACCAAUUUUCGGAGGAUGUAUGGAAUCAGUGA